GGAUUAGUAAAUUCCCGUUUGGCUUUGGAAGAGCAGACGCAUGCAAAAUACGAGCAAACAAAGUUUGGUGACAUUUAGUAACUGGAACACCUUUAUGGACACGCAUUAUCCAAACGUUCCCAGAGAGAAGCAUAAGGAACUUUAUUCUUAAGGAACCUGACUUUCAGAAGGACUUCUAUUCUUUGUCAUAGUAUUUUUAUAGGCCCUAUCUAACGCUGUGUUUUGAACGUUCUUUCUUUAGAAUUUGUUUUUCAAACUCGUGUUUAUUAUUCUGUUUACUUUGUUCCUCCAUUUCUUUGGGAUAUAACAGCGAAACGUCAUUGGCAAAAACUGAUUUUGGGGAAUAUCUAACUUUUUAAAUGUUGUGACUUAUUCUUAUCCUUUGGGGUUGCAAACAAACACCUCGAACAGUUUUUCGUUUUUUUGUGAUUUAUCUGUGAAGUGACCACACUGUUGCUUUUCUAACCGGUGGGGGAUACCUUUUCCUGGAGCUGGAGCUGGAGCUGUUUAUAGCAUCACUAUCACGUAACGUUGCAUUUGGACACACAUGUGUUUUUUAAAUCAUAGACAGUAAGUGGUAUUUGAACCCUGCAAUGCAAAAGUUCUGCCUCACCGUCCUGCUCGUGCUGCGCGGGCUGAUCAUCUGCGUCUGUUCCAGCGAUGAAGCGCAGCACACUGGGCUGUACAAGGACACAACUGUGACCUCAACAGAUCCAUGUCUGCAAGUGAGCCCUCCAUGUAUGACGGAGGCUGACCGCUUCAGUCUGGAGGCUCUUCAGCACAUCCACAGAGAGAUGGAUGACGAUCAGGAUGGAGGCAUUGAGGUGGAGGAGAGUGUCGAGUUCAUCAUAGAAGAUAUGCAGCAGCAACAACAGGCAAACAAGCACAGUAAACUCCAUCAAGAGGACCAGCAUAUCACUUUGGAGGAGCUUUGGAGGGGCUGGAAAUCUUCUGAGGUUCAUAACUGGACUCAGGAGGAUGUCUUAAGGUGGCUAAGAGAGUUUGUUGAGUUGCCUCAGUAUGAAAAGGGCUUCAGAGAGCUGCGUGUCAAUGGAAACACCUUGCCGAGGAUUGCUUCCAAUGAGCCAUCCUUUAUGAGCUCUUUUCUGAAGAUCCAGGACCAGCAACACAAACAAAAACUCAAGCUCAAAGCCCUGGAUGUAGUGCUGUUUGGCCCACCUACACGACCUCCACAUAACUGGAUGAAAGACCUGCUUCUGAUAGUGUCAAUAGUAAUGGGGAUCGGUGGAUGCUGGUUUGCACGAGUACAGAAUAAGGCAUCUAAGGUACAUAUUUCAAAGAUGAUGAAGGACCUGGAAAGCUUGCAGACAGCUGAACAAAGCCUCAGAGACUUACAGGAGCAGUUGGAAAAGGCCCAGGAAGAGAAGCGCACAGUGGCGGUAGAGAAAAAGAAUUUAGAAGAAAAGAUGAGGGACGAGAUUCAAGGUGCUCAGGAAGAGGCCAACCGCCUGCACAGACUGCGAGAUGGAGCUGUGAGUGAACUCAGCCGUCUUCGGUAUGCAGAAGAAGAGCUUGAACAGGUACGUGAUGCACUAAAGAGGGCAGAGAAAGACAUGCAGUCCCUUUGGGCAGUUCCUGAAUCUUUGCAGCUGUGGCUACAGCUCACCUAUGAGGUGGAGGUCCAGUACUACAACGUCAAGAAGCAAAGUGCAGAACAACAACUAGUCACAGCUAAAGAUGAGGCUGAAAAAAUCAAGAAAAAAAGGAGUUCGGUGUUGGGUACACUACAUGUUGCACACAGCUCCUCAUUGGAUCAAGUUGAUCAGAGAAUUCUGGAGGCCAAGAAUGCACUAGCAGAGGUGACUGCUUGUCUUCGGGAGCGUCUGCAUCGGUGGCAGCAGAUUGAGAGCUUGUGUGGUUUUCCUUUAAUGAGAAAUGCGGGUCUAUCCAGUCUCACCGCUACACUCUACCCAGACCCCAACUGGAUGCUAAUGCCCCGGGCUGCAAUGCAGUCCUAUCAAGUGCCUGUUUCAGUUGAGGACAUGGAGGAAGAAAUGCCGCAGAUCAUACCACAGAUUCCUGUCACAGUUUCAUCUCUGAAAUGUUCUCCACGGUCUCUGGUUCGCUCCCGCCGAUCUGGGCAUAUUGUGCCAUCGCCUGUCAUCAUAUCGCCUGACCCAGACCUCCUGAUUCCCAUACGAACUCCAUCACGCCGAUAUGGAGAUGAGGAAGAAGAGCAUAUCAAAUUCUCCACUCUUGUGAAACAGGAGUCCUUGGAAACAUCCUCAGAGUCCACAGAGUCUAUUGGGUCAUCCAUUAGCAGAAUGUACAGCAGCCUUGAUGUCCCUCCUCGGAGAAAAUACAUUUUCUCUGAUAAAAUGCCCCGAAAAAUCUCUCUGGAUGAACAAGAGGACAGUCCCUCACGCAAGAUCUCACAGGACGAGAUGGAUGAAUCUUUGAUGGUGAACACCUCAAGGAAAGUAUCGCGAGAGGAAUUGGACAUCAAUAUUCCAUCAAGAAAGACAUCUAGAGAGGAAUUAGAGGCCUCCGUGGACCCUCCUAAACAACUGGCUCGAGGAGAAUCUGAAGCUAGCAUUGAUUCAUGGAAAUUACCCAGGGAUCUGCCUUUGGAUUCCACAAUGAGGUACUAUUCUACAGAAAAGAUGUCCCCAGCAGCGACCGGCAUGGACAGUCAGAGACAACGAUCUCUUAGAGACAGAAAAGAUCAUAUGGACAGCAUUUCUAGAGUUAUACCAAAAUCAGAGCUGGAUUUAGAUGCCACAAGUGGAACUAGAUAUUCAGAUGCCUUAAUGAACACUUCCAUUAAGCACAAAGAAAACCUGGACUUUACACCCAACAUCCAGCGAGGAAGAAUAUUUAGGGAAAACUCCUUUGAUGCCAACUUUGAUAGUUCAGUGGAAAGCUCAAAAAAAUUUAAGAUGUUAGGCAAAACCGAUUUAUCCAAAGACAUCCCUUCGCGAAUUAUGUCCCAAGAUGAGUAUGAUGUUUUCACAGAUUUCGAAAGACUAAAAAAAAGAGAUUCCAUGGAUACUGCUUCAAGGAACAUAAUAAGAGAUGAGUUUGAGAGAAGCAAGUCCUUUAAAGAGAACAGGGAUAUCCGCAUGGAAAUUCCCUCAAAAAAACCCUCUCGAGACGAGCAAGAGUUUGCGAUGGAUACACAACGGAUACAACGCAAGAUAGACAGCUCUGUGGAAACUCCCAUUGGUAGAAUACAGAGAGAGACCGUGGGUCUAUCUGUGGAAGCUCCAAGACGCAAGAUAUCGCAGGAGGAAUUUGUGGUUACUAACCCAGGACAGUUUGGUCCACCUGACCUCACCGCGAGCUCCUUGAUGCUCUGGAAACCAUCCUCAGAUUCGCUCAGCACGCUAGUGUACGACGGCAUUCUUGAAAAGUCCUGCGAGAACCCUCUCGUGGCUAGUUCUUGCGAUCUCAGUCACGCGACUUCGGUGUCUAGCUCUUCCCAAAGCCUUCUUGGAAUUGAAGGUCAUCUGGCAAAUUCAUCUUCUUCAGAAUCUGGGGGUAAAGACAAGAGCAAGAUGUCUUCUAAGCUCAAGAAUUUGUUCAAGAAGAAAAAGGAUAAGGAGAAAGAUAAAGACUCAUGAAGGUCAACAAGUAGGAAUUAAGACUCUUCUAAAAUUGCCUUAGAAACUAUAAUAUAAGAAAAGCUAAACAUGCUGAAUGGAGUGGCCUUGGAUUUUCUUGCAAAAGGUUUCUCUUAGAUAUGCAGGAAGAAAUUUAAUUCUAGCAUUUUAAUGGACCCUCAGCUAAAUGGAUACAAUCUUAUGAAGCAAAGGAGCAGAACUGCACUUUUCCAGGUUUGAUUCAGUGAAACUAUAUUACAGAAGCUGUCUGAAUGAGAUUUUAAUUGCACAUUUUUCUUUCUUUCUUCAUCCGGUUGUGUUGAUCAUUUGAAAUAAUUUGCGAUGAGAUGGAUGUGUAUAAUUCUUGCUCUGAUGAACAAAUGAGACGUUUGCAUAUUACCAGAUCAUUGAAGCAUUGAAGAGACAAUCGCAACAUGCUUAACUUAGGCCCUCAUGCGUUAGGCCCCCAAACGCUCAUGUGGUUAAAUGUGUUCCAACAGCCAAAGACCACCUACUCUCCGCCUACUGACCUAAUGCGUAAGGUAAGCGCUCGCUAGCCAGACAGGAUUUGGGCUAAACUUUGUCAGCUGAAGACCCGUUUGGUUUGAAGACAAAAAACGUACCAAGCACAAUGUUCUUCACCAUUUCUGAUUUCUAACACGCCCUCACAGCGUUCGGUGUGGUAUGUUAAGGCAGAAACGAAAGCUAUUGCUCUCUGUAUGUUUUCCGUUAUCUCCGGACGCAUUCAUAUGUAAAUUGCGCAAGCUUAUUUUAUUCAUUAGAUCGAAAGAUCUGAAAAAACCCUUACAUUUACCCACCCAUAGACUGUCCCCUCGAAGAAAUCAGGACAGAAAUGGUUGAAAGUGAACAAAAGAGACUGAUUAAAAUACCAGGUUGAAAAGGGUAUGCGUCUCCCUCAUCUACUUGUGAUCUGAUUGACCAAAACACAUCUUAAUACCAGGUGGAAACAGGGCCUAAGAUGUGUUUUAGUUGAUCGGAUCACAAAUAAAUACCCGUUUACACUUGGUAUUUUAAUCCGUCACUUCUGUCCUGAUUUCUUUGAGGGGAAUAUCAAUGGACGGGUAAAUAUAUGUUUUUUUCCCAAUCUUUCGAUCUAAUGGGCAAAAUAAGCUUGCGCAAUUUACGUAUGAACGUGCCCAUGAUGAUGGAAAAACAUACGGAGAGCAGCAGCUUUCGUUUCUGCUCUGACAGCCGCAAGACUGGCCAAACAAGGUGAGUGUGCGUUAGAAUAGCGUUAGAGAGAACAUUGUGCUUGGUACAUUUGUCAUCUUCAAAGUUAAAACCAAACUUGGGUCUUCAGUCGACAAAGUUUAAAUCCCAUCUGGAUAGUGUGCUUCCCAUAAUGUUUACACAUUAAGUCAGUAGGCGGUCUUUAGUGGCUGUUCGAAUACAUUCAAACACCACAUGAGCUUUUCCACGACAAAAGUGUUUUGAAUGCGUUUUUUUGACUACCUCUGGAAGUGAUCGAAAGGCCAAAACGCAUCUUAAAACCAGGUGGAAACAGGGCCUUAAUUCUUAUUUAUUUGAUUGACUUGUUUGCACAAAAAUUCAGGAAAAAAUGAAGGCAGGCAACAGAAGACAAAACAAGCCCAAAUUCUAACUAAAGGUUGACUAAUAUACUGUAAAUCUACUACAGGAUGAGCCUGUUAUUAAUAAACGUGUGUUUUAAUAUAUUGGAUUUAAUAGAAAUGAAGCUUUAAUUAAUUAUUUAAUAAAGACUUAUUUAAUCCAAUUUGGAGUCAAGUAAUGAUCAAAUAGGACUAUAUUACAUUUUUAGUAUUCUUUCUUGUCCUCAUCACUCAAGUUAAAAAGUUGCAUUUCAUUGAAGGAGGAUGUUAGUUGUAUUUAUUUUAACUGUUACAUUUGUCAUCAAACACUGACAAUUCUUUUCCAGACUCUACUGACACUUUUGACCUUGACCGUGCACAGUUUUUAUGUAAAUAUUAUAAGUUCUUAAAAGUGUCGGUCUGGUUUUAUUGUACAGCACUUUGGGCAACAUUUGUUUUCCAGUGUGCAAUAUAAUAAAUUUGAUUUGGAGGAAAAUUCUUCUUGAAUAUUUUGUGGUAUCCUGCCCUUAUCCUGUAUAUGUUCUUGUGCAAAUAUAAAAUAUAAACCACAUUUAAAAUAAAUGUAAAUCCAAAUGUUUAACCAUUACUGGAAAUAUACAUCCCAGCAGUCAGGAGUGUACAGAUCCUUGUAACCUAAAAAACAGCCAGAAUAUGAUCUGAAGCAAUAGCAAAUAAACAAGAUAUUCACAAAGACACCUGUAGGCCUAUUGUUUUGUUGUUGUUGUUUCCGGAGAUAUGUUAAUAUGGUCUAAUUUGGAUAUGUGGAAUUUUUGACAACAUCUACUACAUCUACAUUAUUAAUUAAUUUCUUAGUUGUGUAAUGACUGCUGUAUUGUUUUGAAUGAGAAACCACUUUGGUAGCAUUGAUUUUUUUUAAGUGUCAUGUCAUGUAUACAAAAAUAUACAUUGUUUAUAGGUCAGAUGAUUCUGACUAAUCUAAGUAGUUCUGGGUCAUAUUGAGCCUUCAGUGUGAUUUAUUUAGCUGUCUCAUUUUGAAGGCUGCAUCCUCCGGAGGUUGCUUUUGUACGCCGCAUAUAUAAUAAAGGCAGCGUCAUUUCAGUAAAGUAACCAUUACAUUCCAAAGUCAUUAGGAAAAUACAACAAUUUACACUUCACAAGGAAUAACAGGCAAUUUUAUAAUGGUUACUUUUCUGAAAUAGGAUAUCCUUGAUGACGUAUGCAGCCAACAAAUGCGACCUCCGGGGGACGCAGCCUUCGAAAUGAGAUGGUUAUAGUCAGAAGUCUUCUGCUUUUUUCCAUAACUAAUUUUAGAAAAUCAUGAUGCUAUCAAAAAGGGGGUUUCCAGUAUGUUUUGAUGAUUUAGUAAUGUUCACAGGUUUUUGUAAAGUGGUUAAUCAUGCUUUGUUUUUGUUUUUAACCACAAAUGUUUCCAGUGUUUUUUCUUGAGAAUUUGUAUGCUCAUCUCUGUGUGUUAAUAUAUAGCUGUAUGGACUUUAAUAUUAUUAUAGACACGAGUAAUCAAUUGCAUAUUUGAGGUUAGAUUUUUAACCUGCAGAAAUAUUUUUUAUAUAAUAUUUAUAUAUUUUUUCCCCUAACAAUUCAAGUAAGCAUGUCAAAUUGAAUCAUGUGGAAACAGGAAAACCACAACCUUUAGAUGAUCGCAGUCUGCAGUCUGCGUAGCUUGAUUUGUUUAGAUGACAAACCUGAAUGGAAAAAUAUGUGGUUAGAGGCUGUUUAUUAAUAAUAGUUGUAAUAUUUAAACAAACAUUAUGACCUUUUUUGAAGAAAGAGGUAUGAAUAAAGUACACAGGGUGUUAGAUGUGACUGAUGAAACAGGAUGUGACAAAAGGUUUCCUGUUAUGGCCUGCUUGAAUGUUGAUACCUCUGAAAUUCUUCUAAAAGGCUUCUAAAUGACAUUUAAACCUCAACAUGUUGUUGCCAGUUAGAUUGUAUCAGUUCACCUUCAGCUAGAUAUGAACUGUAUUGCACAACUGAUCUGUGAUGUGCUGAAAAUAAUGCAUUUGAUACUUGGUAAAAAUGGUAAAGAUGAUGAUCACUUUAUAUCAGAAUGAAAGUGCACAGUUUACAAACUUUCUUUGAUUAGAAACAUAAUGUAUGCUAAUUCAAAUAUUAAUGAAUUUGAUAAAACCCUCAAUCCAGGCAAAAGAAAAAAUCCCCAACCUUGAAGUGCAUGAAAGCUUUUUAGAAAAAAUCCCUCCCAUCACAGUCAGCCAGGCGACAUGCGCUUUGAAGACCCUCGUUCUCAUCAGCUACUAAAAUGAAGCGAGCAAUAGUCAUCGCACUUGUGUGUAAGUCCAUUAUUGUGUUUUUUCAUGUUAUUUUGCAUUCUUUAUGACAUAGUAUUGAUUUGACUGACAAUAUUUUUUCAGUGUAUUUAAACUUGUAUUUGCUUUUGCAGGUGUUUUGUUCUGUGAACACCAGAGAGUGUUUGGGACAGAAGUGGACGUGAGAGUUAAAGCAGGAGACAACAUCACUCUCUACGGUGACUGUGUCAUUCCUCUUGGAUCACACAUUAUUUGGUUGAGAAACUGCUCACAUGAGCAUCAACCAUCUCUGUUAAUAGAGACUAUAAACCUGUUCGGGGGGACGUUUCCACGUUUUAGUUUUGUGCAAAACAGCUCCAGUAACUCCUAUGAUCUACAUAUACAGAAUGUCAGUGUCUCUGAUGAGGGAAUAUAUUACUGUGCAAUAAAUGAAAGAAAAGUAACUGAUGUACAUAGUGUCAUGGGCUCACAGUACAAGUAUGGAAACAGAAGAACUCGUCUAUCUGUCUUGGGUAAGAAAAUAUUUCUACAUUUGGAAAACUUUAUAACUGUUGGCCAUAUUUUACAAAACACUGUCAAAUUGUUAUGCUGAUAAUAUCAUUAAUGGAAAUUUUUGCAUGAAAUUAAAAAAGUGCAAAAUAGAAAAAAAAAUCACACUUAAAAAUCUCUGUCACUGCAAUAGCAGCAUAUAAAUAUAUACAAAAGAAUUGGAAACAACAAUGUAGAAUAUAUCACAGAAAACCAAAAAUGUGGACUAAAUAUUUCUAAAAUUCAACAGCAGCAGACAUUUCUUUAUUCAGAAUUUCCUUCUCAAAUGGUUUAUCUGAUGUUUUACAUAUAUUACACAUAUUACAAUAAGUUUUACAUUUUACAUCAUAUUUGAAAUCAAAAGACACAUUUCAUGGUGGUAUAAUUAAUUAGUAUAUUAAUGUGACAUAUAUAAAUACUCAAGAAUUACAAUCAUUUUUAUUAUUAUUUUAGUCCAUGCUAGUGCAUAUCCUUAAUAUUGUGCUUCAUGUGGCACAGAAAUAGAUCCUUGAAAUAAUAUUUGCAAGUCUCCACUUUUUUCAGUUAAAGUUUUUACCCUAUUUUACCCCUUGGGUGUCCCCUUGGCCACCCCAUUAAAAAUUUCCUGGAGGAGCCACUGUUUGCAAGUGGUUCAAUCAUGACAACUCUCAAAAUGGUUUUAACAUGUUAAUGAAUAUAGCAAUGUUAAUGUAUUUGGUCUUGGUGGACUAUAUCUGAUAUUGCUGCUGCAGAGCAAGUAUGGACUAACUUGCUAUUGCCAAUUAGUGAUGUUCAAUUCUUGAACGAAUCAUUCUUUUAAGCGGGUAACCGGUCAAGUCAGUUCACAGAAUCAAACUGAAUUGUACUUCUAAGUUUUUGGUUGAUGCUUAUGCAAUAAAUGCUCAUUGGCUCAUUCAGUGCUGCACAAGGAGUGUGCGUGCUACUUAAUCGGAUAUGCAUCUUGCAUCAUCAACCUGGAACUAAAGUUUGAUUCAGUUUGAUUCUUUGAACCGAACAUCACCACUGACAAUAGAUACACAGAAACAUUGCUGUGAGCAUGUAAGAUAUGCUGCUUCUGCAUGAAUAAACAUACAUAAAUCCCGUAGCAGAUCUAGGCAGGUGGAACUGGGGGAGGUAGAGGGUUUCAGAGGAACUCUGAUAGCGCGCUGCAGGACUAUCUUACAGCGAACACUGAACCAAACUAUUUAAAUGCUGAGUAAGUAAUCUCAUUGGCUGCAGGAUCAGCAGAGGCCAUGUGGUAAUGGUGUGACUGCUUAGAGAAUCCAUGUAAAGGAGGAAUCAGCCUGUGCCAUCUACAGCUUCAUGACUGCACUAGAUAUAUGCACAAGAGAGUUACUUUUGCUUUCAUUUCAUUUAGAGUUAAAGUCUUCUCACACUGAGAGGUUCAACACCACCUCCACUCCUCCUGUAUCAGACCUCUGCUGGAAGCUGCUGUUCAGUGUGUGUCCAGUGUGUGUUCUCCUCUUCUCCAUCUGUGUCUACUGCCUCUGUCAGAAGAAAACUACAGUUUCUGCAGCAACACAGACUGAGAAUGGACUUUUUGAGAGUGAAGAUGAAGUUUGUUACGCAUCAUUGUACACACCGUCCAUGCUGAAGAAUAAGAGAGUGCAGAGUUCAGACUUUAGUACUUACACUGAAGUCAGAACCAAAAUAACAUAAACUACCGAAGAGGAUUCUGUUGUAAUCCUUAAAGAUGCAAUACAAAGUCUUGAUAUUUACUAUUAUAUGGUAACAGGCAUUACUCAAGGCUAAUGCAAAUUUGAAAGGGUUUGACUUUGGUUUGCUGUUGUUAUUAUUUGACCCGCUUCUGUCUACUGUUGUAUGUACAGCUCAAUCUGAGAGCUAAUCCUGAUUGUGUAAAUGUAGCUGUUGUUUAUGCACAUAAGGGUUGAGAAUUGCUGUGUUAUUAGAAUGGUAAAUCUAGUGUUAUUUUACUGUAGGGAGGGUAAAGUAAUGGUCAGAAUGUACUCAUGAUUUUUUACAUGAAACAAGUCUGUAAUCAUGAUUAUUGUUACAAUAAAUAUUUAUAUUGAU